CGCGUUUGUGUUUUGUGUUAGUCAUUCCGGUUUUUAGGUUAAUAAAGAAUAAACAAAUAUUUACAUUUGUUAUUCAGUUUGUUAUCAAACAAAAAUAGGAUCUAUUAUAACAUAGUUCAAUAGAUAAAAAUCGGUUAAUAAAAAUAUAUUUGCAUUACCAGUGUAUUUUAUUUAAACAACUAACAAUGUCGGCACAGAAAAUUGCUGUGGUUACAGGUGCAAAUAAAGGUAUAGGAUACCAAAUUGUUAGAGGACUUUGUAAAAAUUAUGAUGGUAUAGUUUACUUAACAUCUAGAGAUGAAGAAAGAGGUAAAGAUGCGGUGGCUGAGUUAGAAAAAGAAAAUUUAAAGCCUCGAUUUCAUCAAUUGGACAUAACGCAGCAAAAUAGUAUUGACAAAUUCAAGGAUUUUAUAGCUAACGAACACGGUGGCUUCGAUUUGCUAGUUAAUAACGCAGCCACUGCGUUUCCGCAAAAAUCCAAUGUACCGAUGCCUGAACAAGCUAAAAAAACCCUAGAGGUUAACUAUUUUUCCACUUUGAGAUUUUGUGAGGCUAUGUUUCCUUUGCUUAGAACUAAUGCAAGAGUAGUAAAUGUUUCGAGUUUAUUAGGCCAUCUUAGUAAAAUUCCUUCUGAAGCAAAAAGGAAAGAAUUGUCCAGACCAGAUUUAACUAUACCGGAACUUUCAAAGUUAAUGGAAAAAUAUGUUCUAGAUGUUCAAAGUGGAAAGGCGGAAACAGAAGGAUGGGGAUCUUCUAAUUAUGUUGUAUCUAAAGUCGGUAUAUCAGCUUUUACUAACAUCCAGCAAAGAAUAUUCGAUGAAGAAACACCGUCUCGUGGAAUAUCUAUCAAUUCUGUCCAUCCCGGUUGGGUGAGAACAGAUAUGACUGGCAACAAAGGACACAAAUCAAGCGAACAAGGCGCCGCCGCGCCUCUUUGGUUAGCACUAGAAGCUAAUUUAAAAGGAAAAUAUGUUUGGGAUGAUUGUAGUGUUGUGGAUUGGUGUGCCAAAAGCACACCCCCAAUACCUCCUUUGUAAGCACCUCUAAUAAAGCCUACUGCUUUAUUCGUUUCAUAUACAUAUGUGUAUUGAGAAUAACAAC